AGACAAAAGCGACACAAACGACAAAACAGGAACCAGAAAAGAACAUUUUCUUGAAAUGGAGCCUGGAAAAGAAAACCAAGGCUUGAAGAGAACAGUUUUACAACUACAGGAAAUGAUAUUUUACUUUAACAUUCAAAUGGACAAAGUGAUGACCAGAGUCUCAAAACUAGAGUCUACAAACCAGCGACUAAGUGCACGACUAACAGCUAUGGAAAAUAAACGUGAUUAUAAAGUAUCUGAAAAGGAAAAAGAUAUGAACACACUUUUUGGCAAAAAUGUGAAGUCUACGGAAGACAUUACCUUGAAAGAAAACAUUUUGCAAAGUUCACCAACAAAGGGCGAACAAUUUAUGAAAGCACGAUGGAAUUUUCCAAUGACUAACAAUAAAAACCAACCAACCAAAUUUAAAUCCUCCCAGAAAACAAAUCCAUUCAUGAACAAGACCCAAAAUGUAUCUGUGGAGAAACGUCUUUUAACAGGUGUCCAGACAACAAACCCUCCAUUUCCAACCGGUGUAGCAUUCUCUGCAUAUAUAUCUUCAGGCGAGAAAGAAAUAUCGCAAGACCACACGAUUAUAUUUGACGUAAUAGUGACAAACAUAGGCAACCAUUAUAAUCCACAUUCCGGAAUAUUCACGGCUCCACAGCAUGGUGUGUAUGUGUUUACAUGGAACCUUUACUGUAAAUGGGAUGGCUAUAUGUUUUCACAGGUUCUUGUCAACGCUAAUGAUGUUUCGGCCAUGCGUACAUCAGGCGAGGGUGCAACAUCUAUUAGAACUACAACAGGAGUUGUGGUGGUAGAGGUAAAUCAAGGUGACGUGGUGUUUGUCCGCAUCCAUCCUACUCAGCCUCACAGCGGAACUCUCAAGAGUGAUUCCAAUUGGAGGUCGUCGUUCAACGGAUGGAAGAUUUACUAAAGUAAAAAAAAUAUGUAAA